CCAACUUGGUUCAGUAUUAAAACUUUUAAUUUAAAAGUUGAAGCGUAGAUAGAAAUAGGCUAUUUCAAAAAGCGGUCAAAAUAUAAAAUAAAGGUGUAAAUCAUGAACGAGCAAAUAUAUAACUUCAAAGUUAACUUAAAGUUUGCUAAAAAAGACAUUUAUCGCACAAUAGAAUUAAAGGGUGCAACUAGCCUUUACCAGUUUGCAAAAGAAAUUGUAAGGGCUUUUGAUUUUCAAUUCGACCAUGCAUUUGGUUUUCAUGAUAAUAUCAGUGAUAUGUAUGAAAGCAAUGAAGAGUAUACCUUAUUCUAUGAUGAUGGAAACCCAAUUAAUCCAAAUGAAAAAAGUGUGAAACAAUCUCAUAUUUACAAAGUUUUUGAACCUUCUAAGAAAAUGCUUUUUCACUUUGAUUAUGGCGAUGAUUGGAUGUUUUUGGUGGAAUGCUUAGGUGUUUCUAACCCAGAGGCUGGUAAAGAUUAUCCAAUAGUCACUAAAAAAAAAGGAAAGGCUCCUCCGCAAUAUCCAAAUUAUGAUCAUAGUGAUGAUGAUGAAUAGCAGGACUUGCUAAUAUUUUUUCAAAUACAAGAUGAAGAUGCAGGCUACUAAAUACAUUACAAGAACAACUUUUUCUUUCAUAAUUUUAGUACAAUUUAAGUUUAAUUUUCUAAUACUGUUAUUUUUUAUUAAAAAUAUCAAAUAA